AUGUCCAAAUACAACAUCCAAGAAUUUAAAUCCAACUUUGAUACUGCUUUUAUCGAAUUUUUUAAUAAAAAAGGAUACAAGCAGUCUUAUUUUGUUGAUAAUAUUCGAUUCCUCUUUGGUUUCGGCUGUGUCAUUCCUGCUGCGAUUGCAUUUGGUUUGGAACACUUCCAUGAUUUCUCCAAGCUAAAGGAGCAUCUUUUGUGUCUUUUGCUAGUCUAUUUCACCUUUUCCGGGCUUUUAACUUGGUGGAUAUCAUUUGUCAAACGCAACCGAAUUUACAUGGGUACAAGUCCUGACCAAAAAUUAUCAAUCGACGCAGAGACUACCCUCCCCUUGAAGCAUAAUCCUCAUUUGGAUUUAACAUUAAGAAUAAAAAGAGGGAAACAACCUACUACAAUUGCGCAUAAGCUUUCUAUACCUGUCGCUGACAUAUUUGACCAAGAAGGACAAAUAUCCCAGGACGCUUUCUCCAAACAUAUUUCAAGCUUGUGUAGGUCUUGCAUCGAUAAAGAGUAG